AUGCCACAGCUGGGCGCCGCUGAUCGGACGGCGCCGUGCUCCAGGUGGCCGCAAUACCCAGAGCUCUGCGGCGCGGGACUUCGCUUGGGAUCGCAAAAGCGCACGAUGGGAGCGUGGCAAGGAAGGCAACAACACGACAACACGCGCUCGCGGAAGAAAACGUUCCGUGUGCGAGGCGAUCACCGGGAAGAGCCCAAGUCCGUUUGGACCUCGUCAUCUACGGGGCCACGCUGGGUGGCGCCCUAUGCUGCUUUGCUGCGACGCGACCCUCGUGCAGGCCGCCACGCGGAGCUGGUGGCCGGUGGCGCGCAGAGCCUGUGCGUCCUCGGCUGUGAGGUCGGAGGGCGGCGGCGGCGGUGCGAGGAUGCGGUGAAGCUGGUUCGGCGCUUGGUCGCCCUCCGCGCACACCGCGCCCCACCAGGCAUGCGGGCACCUGCGCGAACAGCGUGGUCGCUGGUGGUGCUCUCCGUCUCCGUGCAGCACGCGGUCGGCCACACAGCCCUUGGACGCGCGCGGGCCACGCCGGGGCCCGCGUGGACCGCAGCGCCGGGACUAGAUGAAGUCCUGGACCUUGCUGACGCUGAGGGACCCAGCGCUAGCGCCGCGCGCGAGACUGUUGCUGACGUAAACAGGCGUGAGGAAAAGUAUCCUCUGCUUUGUGCGAAGUCUUGUAGUGAACUUGCUGCCAUGAUCGCGGACAAAACCAAGAUUUUUUGUUCACAACAUCGUCUCUCGAAUCACCGCUGUACAUUGAAGUCGAUGAGGAUUUGCUGGAAGCGUUGUUCGAAGGCAAAACGCACAAAUGAGCUGCGACAUGAACGCGAUGAGGCACCGCUGCGCUGUGUGCACCGCGGCCAUGAUCAGCUUCACUUCAUGGAGCCGACUUAG